AUGAUGAACUCCAUUGCCAUGCCAAACCCGGUCGUGUUCGAGUCGACCGAGUCAGUCAUUGAGAUCCUCUGGGAUAUCGCUCUGGCCGUCUUUGUCAUCCGCCUGGCUUUUAUCUACGUGGCCCUGACGGCCGUCGUGGUCGUGCUGUUCGGCUGGGCCACCAGCGGGCUGUUGCCGCUUUCGGUGCACCUGCCAGACGCGCUGGCCAAGGCCAUCGCUGCGUGCUCACCGUCAGUCUCCGCCGCCAGCGCCGAGCGGACGCUGACCAUUGUGGCGCUGGUUCUGCCGGCCGUCGCUAUUCCGGCUUUGUGUGCCCGCCUCGUCAACGGCUAUUACCGGAUCCCGCGUGUGGCCAGCUACCGUCUCGCCAUCGGCCUCAUGUCGCUCGUCUAUGUCGUGCUCGGCAGCCUGCUGGCCUCGCUGGUCCUGCCCGCUCACAUGCGACACGGCGCCCACUGCGGACAUUCACACGUUCCCAGCAGCAACAGCAGCUACAGCAGCAGCAGCCUCUACAACAUCCACGUCGCGCUGGGUGGCCUCUUCGUCGCCUCUGUCGCCCUGAUGCCGUGCCUGUCCAUGUGGCUGAUGGAGGGCCGUCGGUCGCCGUCGACACUGUCCGAGCUGCCAUCGCAGGUCUCAGAGAAGCAUGCCAGCUUUGCUACCGUCUCCCAUGCGGCCUACCAACCGCUGGACAAUCUGUCGGAGAAACAGGCCGAUGCAGGCGAAGAAUCAAAGAAGACGUCUCCGCGCACGAAGAGAAGCACGCCAAGAAGACAGGCUGACUAA